GCGAUCCCCGGAGCUCCCUGCAGGAGGUGAAAGUCCCGUGGCGAGUCCGGAUGGCGUAGUUGCGCCGCGGCGCAGCAGCAGCUGCCGGAGCUCGCCGCCGCCGAGUGCUGGGCGGGGAAACUUUCCUCUGCUUUCCUCCAACUUGCCGCGGGUGGAUCUUCGCUUGACACACUGCCUCCGAGGCAAUUUAAGAAUUGGAAAGAGGAGAUUUUAAAGCUACUUGUGAUUUGCAAAAGUUGUCUGUGAUCUGGAGAACUACAGGCUGAGGUUACUGGAUGAGACACAUGGUUGGAGAAAUAAAAAUGACUUCUCAGUACGUGAUCUCCAUGUUUGCCCUGAUGAGUUCCUGCGUAGCCACUGCAGGUCUAGAGCCCGAGGCCCAGUGUGAACUGUCGCCUGUGAACGCCUCCCAUCCCGUGCAGGCCUUGAUGGAGAGCUUCACCGUCUUGUCGGGCUGCGCCAGCAGGGGCACGACGGGGCUGCCACAGGAGGUGCACAUCCUGAACCUCCGCGCUGGGGAUGAGGGGCCCGGCCAGCCCCAGAGAGAGGUCACUCUGCACCUAAAUCCCAUUUCCUCAGUCUACAUUCACUACAAGCCUGUCGUGUUCCUGCUCAACUCCCCGCAGCCCCUGGUCUGGCACUUGAAGACAGAGAGACUUGCGCCUGGGGUCACCAGACUUUUCUUGAUGUCUAAGGGUUCUGUGGUCCGCUUUUCAUCCGGAAACUUCUCCUUGUCAGCAGAAACAAAAGAAAGGAACUUCCCCCAUGGAAAUGAACGUCUGUUAAAUUGGGCCCAAAAGGAGUAUGGAGCAGUCACUUCAUUCACUGAACUCAAGAUAGCAAGAAACAUUUAUAUUAAAGUGGGGGAAGAUCAAGUUUUCCCUCCCACGUGCAACAUAGGGAAGAAUUUUCUCUCUCUCAAUUACCUUGCUGAGUACCUUCAGCCCAAGGCAGCAGAAGGGUGUGUGAUGUCCAGCCAGCCCCGGGAUAAGGAAGUACACAUCAUCGAGUUAAUCACCCCCAGCUCUAACCCCUACAGUGCUUUCCAGGUGGAUAUAAUAAUUGACGUAAGACCUUUUCAAAAGGAUUCUGAAGUGGUCAAAAAUCUCAUCCUGAUCUUGAAGUGCAAAAAGUCUGUCAACUGGGUGAUCAAAUCUUUCGAUAUUAAGGGAAGCCUGAAAAUUAUUGCUCCUAACAGUAUUGGCUUUGGGAAACAGAGCGAAAGAUCCAUGACAAUGACCAAAUCAAUAAGAGAUGACGUUCCUUCUGCUCAAGAGAAUCUGAUCAAGUGGGCUUUGGAUAAUGGCUAUAGUCCAGUAACAUCAUACACAAUGGCUCCUGUGGCUAAUAGAUUUCACCUUCGACUUGAAAACAGUGAGGAGAUGAGAGAUGAGGAAGGCCACACCAUCCCCCCUGAGCUUCGAAUCCUGCUGGGCCAUGGCACCCUGCCCGCCCUGGAGAACCCACCCAUCCGGGGAGGGGGAGGCCAAGAUGGAGGCUUCCCCUUUCCUUUCCCCGACAUCUCCAGGAGAGGCCAAAAGGAAGGGGAAGAAGAUAGGAUCUUCUGGCCAAAGGACCCCGUGAGUCCCAGCGUGCAACUAUUUCCUGAUCGCAGAGAACCAGAAGAGGUGCAAGGGCGCGUGGAUGUUGCCCUGUCAGUCAAAUGUGACAAGGAAAAGAUGACUGUGGCUGUAGAAGAAGAUUCUCUUCAGGCCAGCGGCUACUUGGGGAUGGAUCUCACCCUGUUGGAUCCUACCUGCAAGGCCGAGAUGAAUGGCACCCACUUCAUCUUGGAGUCUCCCCUGAGUGGCUGUGGUACUCAGCACCGGCGGUCAGCCCGGGACGGCAUGGUUUACUAUAACUCUAUUGUGAUACAAGUUCCAUCCCCUGGUGAUAGUAGUGGUUGGCCAGAUGGUUAUGAAGAUUUGGAGUCAGGGGAUAAUGGAUUUCCAGGAGAUAUGGAUGAAGGCGAUGCUUCCUUCUCCAGGCAGCCUGUAAUUGUGGUGUUUAAUUGCAGCCUGCGGCAGGUGGGGAAUCCCAGUAGCUUCCAGGACCCCCCCAGCAGAAACAUCACCUUCAACAUGGAGCUGUACAACACUGACCUCUUUCUUGUGCCCUCCCAGGGGGUCUUCUCUGUGGCAGAGAAUGGACACGUUUAUGUUGAGGUAUCUGUUACUAAGGCUGACCACGAACUGGGAUUUGCCAUCCAAACAUGCUUUAUCUCUCCAUAUUCGAACCCUGACAGGCUGUCUGAUUACACCAUCAUUGAGAAUAUUUGUCCUAAAGAUGAAUCUGUGAAAUUCUACAAUCCCAGGAGAGUACACUUUCCUUUCCUGCAAGCUGAGAUGGACAAGAAGCGCUUCAGCUUCGUUUUUAAGUCCAUCUUCAACACCUCGCUGCUCUUCCUGCAGUGUGAGCUAACGCUGUGUACCAAGAAGGAAAAGGACCCCCAGAAGUUGCCUAAGUGUGUGCCUCCUGAUGAAGCCUGCACCUCGCUGGAUGCCUCCAUGAUCUGGGCCAUGAUGCAGAACAAGAAGACAUUCACCAAGCCCCUGGCUGUGAUCCACCAUGGAGGAGAACCUAAAGAAACAGGUCCAAGCGUUAAGGAACGGAAUCAGAUUCCUGCACCAAUUUUCCACGGCUUGGACACCCUAACUGUGAUGGGCAUUGCGUUUGCAGCAUUUGUGAUUGGAGCACUCCUGACGGGGGCCUUGUGGUACAUCUAUUCUCAUACAGGGGAGACCCCAGGAAGGCAGCAAGUCCCCACCACCCCGCCAGCCUCGGAAAACAGCAGCGCGGCCCACAGCAUCGGCAGCACGCAGAGCACGCCCUGCUCCAGCAGCAGCACCGCCUAGCCCGGCCAGCCGCCGCCAAGGGCAGGGCCUGGCAGCUGGUGCCACGCGCCCAGACUUGGAGGGCUUAAUUUUGGUUCCCUUGUAA